AGAAGUUGGGACCAUUGCUGUCUCUCGGAGCUUCCGCUGCAGCUGCCCCGGACUCUGAGCUCCUCUCCCGGGACCAGAUCCAGAUCCAGAUCCAGGACCAGGACCCGGACCAGGACCCGGACCCUCCGCUGUGCGUCGGGCUGAUAUCUGAAUCCCUCCUCAGGUCGAGUCCCGCUCGGACCCGCGGUUCCUCGGGUCGAACCCAGGAUGUCCUGUUAGAACCCGCGACAGAAGCACCAUAAUGAGCUCGGAGGCGCUCCGGCCCAGCUCCGGCGGCAGGAAGCCGCUGGGGAAGCUCGCGUCCCGGCUGGAGGAGGUGAAGAACCCGUGGCGGCAGGUGUCCUCCUCGCUGGAGCUCAGCCACAACGAGGCGGCCCGCCUGGCCACGGACGCGCUGCUGGAGCUCGGGGAGAAGGAGUACCGCCGGGUGCUGUCCGAGGAGCGGGAGCUCGGCUUCCUCUCCCCGCAGGAGAUCCGCUACAUCGGGCAGCACACGGCCAAGACCUGCGGCCCGGACACCCACGGCUCCAACGAGCGGGACUUCGGGGACGCGGACGUGGUGUCCCAGCUCACCUCCGGGACAUACUUCCCCAUGAUGUCCGACGAGGAGCCCCCGAUGCUGGAGCUCGGCUGGCCCGACUCCCCGGCGAGGUUCGGCCCGUCGGAGACUCACAUCUACUUCCAGAGGGACAAGUCCCACAACAUGAAGGACCUGGUCCGGUCCCUGAUCCACAAGGCCAAGAAGGUGAUAGCCGUGGUCAUGGACGUGUUUACGGACGUUGACCUUCUCUGUGACCUCAUGGAGGCGUCCAACAAACGCAAGGUCCCCGUCUACAUCCUGCUGGACGAGAAGAAGCUCGGCUACUUCACGAACAUGUGCUCGGCGCUGGACAUCCAGAACUCUCACCUGAGUAACAUGCGUGUUCGCAGUGUGUGCGGCGACACUUACUGCACCAAGAGUGGCAAGAAGUUCUCCGGUCAGGUCCUGGAGAAGUUCAUGAUCAUUGACUGUGAAGAGGUCAUCGCAGGGUCAUACAGUUUCACCUGGCUGUCGGCUCAGGUGCACAGCAACAUGGUGAUGCACUUCUCAGGGCGCAUCGCCGACAGCUUCGACCGGGAGUUCCGCUGCCUGUACGCAGACUCGCAGAUCGUCGACUGCUUCUACAACCCAGAGGACGAGGGGAUGCCCUACUACCCGUCCUACCAGGCCAUGAUGGCCCCCGGCCUGGGGCUGGAUCUAACCGCCGACAGGCAGAGGGACAGAGCUUGUUCUGAUCACUCCAGCAGCCAAUCCAGUAACAGUGUCUCCAGCGUGAAGGUGGCGCCUGGAAUGACGGCCAACGCCUCCUAUAAGGUCACUCAAGGUCACGACAAGAAGGAGACCAGCAGCAACUCUCGCCUCAGCCCCGAGAGGAGGGGAGGGGGUGGGGGGGGGGACCAGGCACAUGUCCUGCCACCAGGACCGCGGGUGUCUGCUAACGGAGCGGCCAAUCACAUCCCAGUUCCUGAGCGACCCUCGCCGACCUUUGGUCAGCCAAUGGGCAUCGAGUGGAACAAGCCCAGUGCGGCGGACGUCAUGAGGUCGAACAUCAGCGGCACCUCCUCCAAGCUCCAGGCCCUGGGUCUGUACGACCACAAACCCAGCAUGUUCCACGGCCCCCCCACCUCCGGCCUGACCCCCAGGACCCAGACCCCGUCCCCGGUCAACGAGAGCAAACCCACCCUCAAGCAGAGAGGCCUCAACAAACUGUGGAGGUCCCCGUCCCCUCACAGCUCGUCGCCCUGGGGGGGGCCGGACCUCUCUCCAACGGAGCCGGAGAGCCAGCAGAGCCCGCCUCCCCCCCCCUCUCCAGUAGCUCUGAUGAGCCGGCAGGACCAGAAGCGCAUGACGCUGGGCCACAGCAAACUGGACCUGGUGAACCAUUACAACCAGAUGAAAUCCAAGCAGGUGUACAGCCGCUUCGAGCUCAAGAGCUCCGACUGACUGGUCCACCAGAGGAGGUGUUGAACGUUCUCCUCCUCUGAUCUCCGACCUCUGACCUCUGACCUCUGACCUCUGGAGUCUGGUCACGUCACCACCAGGACAAACGUCUCGGUGGACGUGUUUUUGAAGUUAUGUCAGUUUCUCUUCUGCUUCCACAGUUCUGAUGAUGCCCGGUGGAAAUCAAGCCAUUACAGAGUUUCACCUGAUUCCUGUCGUGACGACUUACUACAAGUACAAAGUGAUGAGACUCACAAAACACACAAGUACCACACAUGACAUAUCGAGGUCCUGUUGAUACACUCUCAUCCAAUCAGGAGUCAGUGUCAGCUGUCAGUCAUCCAAUCAGGAGUCAGUGUCAGCUGUCAGUCAUGUCUUCUCAGCCUGUUUUUAUAUCAUUACAUAACUAAAUAAAACCGAACGGAGCAGAAACUUGAACAAACUGAAACGACAGAAACAUCUUUGACAAUCGUCUACUUUGAUUCUUUUAGUUUGGUCUCAUCUGCUAACAUGGAGGAGGUGGGGUUUAUGACAUAUAUUCUGCAGUCAGCCACCAGGGGGCGAUUAAGAUGAUUUGCCUUCACUUCAUAAAACCAAUUUGUAAAAAAUCAAUCAUCGAAUUAAUUGUAAAACUUGACAACCCUGAAUGUUACAUGUGGAGAGAUGUUAACCCACGAGAAGAAGAUUCAGAAAGAAACAAAUAAAUUAAAAUGUGAAAAGAAACCUCAGGCCCUUAGAGAUACCCCCCCCCCCCCCCCCCACGACGCUAACUCUUUACGUACGGAAAGAAAAGUCUGCUUCAAACUUCUCUGCUCACAUACUGUGUCCGUUAUGUUCGAAUGGCCAUUAAGCACUUCCUCCACUAGAGGGCAGCGCAGAGUAAACAGUUUUAUAAGAACAACAAACAUGGCGACAGUGAUUGAGAGUUCAAACGUUACCGACGUUUCUUCCUCGUGUGGUCGUCUCGCUUCAGAAAUCUCAAACUUCUGAUAAAACAGAUUUGCGAAGCAGCUUUUUCCUCGACAGACGGUCGAUCUCAGAAUGAACUAAACGUGUAAAUCAGUUGAUUUCCACUCAGAAACAGAAAGAGAAUUAAACAGAUUAAGAAGAAUCGGACACUUUUCUUCUUCUUAUCUAAAGGUUUAAUAUUCCUGUAUCAUUUUGUAAUAAUAACAUGUGCCUUCAUCUUCCUGCCUUAAGGUUUACAAUCAUUUUAAUAACAGUAAUAUCUUCAGUGACUUAUAAUAGCUGCCAAUUAGGAUUUAAUUAACAGUCUGUUAAUUAAGGUUCAAUUAACAGAUGCAGACUUUUACUUUUCUUUCCCCACAAGGAACAAACAAUAUUCUUCCUGCUGCAUCUUGAGCUGUAAUCAUGUGACCUGAAGCUCUUCGGUGCAUUUUGACGCUACACAGGUGGAAUAAUCUGUUUCCUGCAGAUGAGAUAAAAAGUGUUUGUGUAAAAGAAUCUUCAUGUUCACAAGGUGCAGGACUCAUGAAAUAUUAAUUAUGAUGUAAACCUACAUCCACAUGACUACGUUUGAAACACAAACUAAAACUGAGAAGCUUGAACUCUGUAUAUAGAAGAUCCAGCUGUUUACAUGUUUACACAACCCAAAGCUUCCUGUUAGCUCGGGCGCUCACAGGCUCCGUGUAGGUGAUCGGUCACGUGUGUGUCUCGUGUGUUUUCAGCGUGUUCGUAUGGACGGAGAUGAAAACUGACACGGAACCAAAACGCUCGUGGACCGAGAUGGUUGUAAUGUAGUCGUCUGGACGUAGCCUCGGAGUCGUCGGGUUAGUCGUCACCUGAGACUCAACUUUCCACCAAGGCCACCAUGUUUCUACGGAAGCCCAGAACGGACACACCAGAAACACUGGUUCUUAAGAAGGCGUUCAAUGGUUUUACGUUUAGAGACGUAGCGUGAACCCAGUCUGUGACGAAUGCAGGAGCGCUAGCUUUAAACGAACGAUUUCUGGCUGCGAUUCUAGAGACUUGGGAAACUUUAGCGUGAUUAAAUGCUAACAUGGAGGUGAACUGUCGGUGUCGUCAACUGGUUGCGAUUGUUGUGCACUGAUCGACAGUGAAUCAGUGGAAGUCGUUAAGCUUUUCAUCGAGUGUCGGCCGCAGUCACCUGACGGGAAGGGAAGGGCUGUUCAGGUGGUUGCAAUAUGAACCUUCACCACUAGAGGCCACUCAAUCCUACACAUUGUACUUUUGAUAUUGGUUUCUUUAUUACAGAGGAUUGGCUCCUCGUGUUGUACAUUUUUAACACUAAAUAUGUUUUUCUAAAUGUGUAGAUUUGUAUAUAGACUCUAUAUAACCCAGGUUUGUACUAUUUGUAUUAAUUACUUGGUUUUAGAUGUUUUUUUUUCUGGCUCAAUUCCAAAUAAUUCUCAGCAAUACAGGAUCCAGACUUGAGCCGUCGUCACCGGGGCAACGCCGAUGACAGUGAUCAUAGUUUUGGUAUUUCUUGUUCUCACGUGUGAUUUUGUUUACUGCUUAUUUCAGCUGGAAGCGUUUUGUCCACUGAAUCAGCCAGACGAUGUGUAAUGUACAUUAUGUUGUGAACAGUCACAUGAACUGACUGUUUGGGUUAUUGUUAAAGAAACACUCCUUUAAACUGUCAUUUGUACUGUUUGUUAUUAUCUGCAGAAUGUGAACUCUGUGUUGAUGUUGGUUUGAUUUGUAAGAAGAACUUUUAAGUACAUAAUAAAAGUGAAAAGUUGAA